GGCGGGCGGGCGCUCCGGUUGCCGUCGCUCGGCGGAGUCAGCAGCCGGGGCGGCCCCCCCCCCCGCAAAAGGCCCUCCCCCCGGGGCUCCCCGCAAGGCUCCGGCGGCGGCCGGGACCCUGCAGCCCCCUGGGGGCUCGCCAGCCGGCCCGGGGGGAGAGGCAGAGCGGGGCGGGUCGAGGCCCCCCCGCCCCAGUCCCUCUCCAUCAUUGCGGGGCGCAGGGCGCACGGCUCCGGGCGCAGCCUCCUGCGGGCGUCCCUCUCCAUGGAGGGGGGACCGGGGGCGCCCGGGGCCGACAGCCCGAGCCGGGCCGUGGAGUACCUGCUCGAGCUCAACAACAUCAUCGAGAGCCAGCAGAAGCUGCUGGAGACCCAGCGGCGCCGGAUCGAGGAGCUGGAGGGGCAGCUGGAGCAACUGAGCCAGGAGAACCGGGACCUGCGCGAGGAGAACCGGGAGCAGCCCAGCCGGGAGCGGGAGCGGGAGGGGCCGUGCCACCAGCACCCGGGCCGGGAGUACGAGAACCGGACACAGCGGGACGGGCAGUUCCAGAACCGGACGGAGCGGGACGGGCAGUUCCAGAACCGGACGGAGCGGGAGGGCCAGUUCCAGAACCGGACGGAGCGGGAGGGCCAGUUCCAGAACCGGGAAGGGCAGUACCAGAACUGGGAAGGGCAGUACCAGAACCGCGGGGAGCGGGACGGGCAGUACCAGAACCGGGAGGGCCAGUACCCGAAGCGCGGGGACGGGCCGUACCAGAACCGGGACAAGGAGCGAGAGCCGCACCCCGGGAACCGCGAGGGGCCCUACCAGAACCGGGACGGCCACUACCGAGACCAAUGCCAGCUGCACCGAGACGGCGGCUCCCUCCGGGAGCGGAGCGGCCCCCACCAGAACCGAGACAAGGAGCGGGAGUACCCCCGCCCGCCCCGGGAGAGGGAGCGGGGCCCGCUGAGCCGGGGCGUGUCGCGGAGUUCCAGUCCCGGAGCCGGCGGGGGCCACAGCACCAGUGCCAGCACCAGCCCCGCCACCACCCUGCAGAGAAAGUCCGACGGCGACAACUCCCGAACCGUCAGCGUGGAGGGGGACCCGCCGGGCAGCGAGGCAGGGCCGACGGUGGACAGCCCAGGCAGCCAGGCGCCCUACCGCUGCGCGGCCGAGCUGCCCAAGGCCGGGGAGCCCUACGACCUGGGCCCCCUGACCGCCACCGUCUCCGCCUGCCAUCCCCCGGCCCCUGGGCUGCCCUGGGCCCAGCGGGCGCGGCUCCAGCCGGCCAGCGUGGCCCUGCGCAAGCAGGAGGAGGAGGAGAACAAGCGCUCGAAGGCCCUGUCGGACAGCUAUGAGCUGUCCACCGACCUCCAGGACAAGAAGGUGGAGAUGCUGGAGCGGAAGUACGGGGGUUCGUUUCUGAGCCGGCGGGCGGCCCGCACCAUCCAGACGGCCUUCCGCCAGUACCGCAUGAACAAGAACUUCCAGCGGCUCCGCAGCUCGGCCUCCGAGAGCCGCAUGUCCCGCCGCAUCGUCCUCUCCAACAUGCGCAUGCAGUUCUCCUUCGAGGAGUUCGACAAGGGGCCGCCCGCCGCCCCCUACUUCGAGGGCAAGCCGGCCUCCCUGGACGAGGGCACCAUGGCCAGCGCCCGCCCCCACCUGCUGGAGCGCGGGGGGCUGCCCUACGGGGGCUCCUGCCGGGCCGGCCUGGACAGCGGCUCGCUCCACGCCUCCUCCGGCGACUUCUGCAGCGAGAUCACCGAGCUGGAGGACUCCUUCGCCAAGCAGGUGAAAUCCCUGGCGGAGUCGAUCGACGAGGCCCUGAACUGCCACCCACUGCCGGCGCCGGAGGGGGGGGGGCCCGGCCCACUGGAGAAGAGCGAGUCGAAGGAGCAGCAGGGGGACAGCGCGGCCACCUCCUUCAGCGACGUCACCCUGUACCUGGACGAGGGGGUGCCGGCCUCCCCCCUCUCCCUGGAGCGGCCCCCCAGCUUGGAGCCCCCCGAGCCCGGCCCCCCGGCGGCCCAGCCCCGGCCCGAGUUCUGGGGGGCCCCGCCGCGAGAGGACAGCCGGGAGAACGGGGCCGGCCGGCGCGGCCCCCCCUGCCUGGAGUGCCGGGACUUCCGCCUGCGGGGGGCCCACCUGCCGCUGCUCACCAUCGAACCCCCCAGCGACAGCUCGGUGGACCUGAGCGACCGCUCCGAGCGCAGCUCGGUCCACCGGGGCCUAGCCUACGAGCCAGACGGCUGCGGGGCCCCCAAGCACCCGCCGGCCCCCCCGCCCCCGGCCCCCUCGCCCCACCCCCUGCGCCACUACCGCCCCGAGCCCGCCCCGNNNNGCCCCGAGCCCGCCCCGCCCCCGCCCCCGCCGCCCGGACGCCUGGGUCCCGAGCACUCGGACGGCGACAACGACAGCCUACAGAGCAGCAGCAACUCCAACGAGACCAUCAACUGCAGCUCGGGCUCCUCCUCCCGGGACAGCCUGCGCUGCCCCCCGCCCCCGCCCCCCCCGGCGCCCCCGCCCGCCGGCCCCGGCCCGGGCCUGUGCAAGCAGACGUACCAGCGGGAGACCCGCCACAGCUGGGACUCGCCCGCCUUCAACCACGACCUGCUGCAGCGGCGGCAGUACCGCAUCGGCCUCAACCUCUUCAACAAGAAGCCGGAGAAGGGGAUCCAAUACCUCAUCGAGAGAGGGUUCCUCUCGGACACGCCAGUCGGGGUCGCUCACUUCAUCCUGGAGCGCAAGGGCCUGAGCCGGCAGAUGAUUGGCGAGUUUCUUGGCAACCGGCAGAAGCAGUUCAACCGUGACGUUCUCGACUGCGUGGUGGAUGAGAUGGAUUUUUCCAACAUGGACCUGGACGAUGCUCUGCGGAAGUUCCAGUCGCACAUCCGGGUGCAGGGGGAAGCGCAGAAAGUCGAGCGUCUCAUCGAAGCCUUCAGCCAGCGCUACUGUGUCUGCAACGCCCCGCUCGUGCGCCAGUUCCGGAACCCGGACACCAUCUUCAUCCUGGCCUUCGCCAUCAUCCUCCUCAACACCGACAUGUACAGCCCCAGCGUCAAGCCCGAGAGGAAGAUGAAGCUCGAUGACUUCAUCAAGAACCUCAGAGGGGUGGAUAACGGGCAGGACAUCCCCCGUGACCUCCUGGUGGGGAUCUACCAGCGCAUCCAGAGCCGUGAGCUACGAACGAACGACGACCACGUCUCCCAGGUCCAGACCGUCGAGCGCAUGAUCGUGGGGAAGAAGCCGGUGCUGUCCCUUCCCCACCGUCGCCUGGUCUGCUGCUGCCAGCUCUAUGAGGUGCCCGACCCCAACCGGCCCCAGCGGCUCGGCCUGCACCAGAGAGAGGUCUUCCUCUUCAACGACCUGCUGGUGGUGAGUGGGGGCAGCCCGGACACCUGGGUCCCAGCCUCAUCUAGUGGGCUAGAGCUGGGGUCGGAGCUGGAGAAGCAGAAGGGGGUGAUGCGCCCCAGUGCCUCGCCGGCGGGGGGCCCGAAGGAGGCGGUGAACGGGACGCUGACGCGAAGCAGCCUGGAGGACACCUACGGGCUGGGCGACGGGCUGAAGCGAAGCGCCCUGAGCAGCUCCCUGCGCGACCUCUCGGAUGCCGGCAAGCGGGGCCGUCGUAACAGCGUGGGAUCCCUGGACAGCACCAUCGAAGGGUCUAUCAUUAGCAGCCCCCGCCCCCACCAGCGCAUGCCCCCGCCCCCCCCGCUGGAGGAGUACAAGGCCCAGCCCCGCCCCAUCUCCAACUCCUCUUCCUUCCUGGGCUCCCUCUUCGGCAGCAAGCGGGGCCGGGCCCCCUUCCCGCUGCCCCCCGGCCAGGUCUCGGUCCCCUCCGCCCACCCACCGCACCCUCUGCCCCUGUCCCCUGACGGCCCCUCCAAGCUGCAGGCCCUCCACGCCCAGUACUGCCAUGUGGCCCCCCACGAAGCAGACGCCGCCGGCCUUCCCCCCUGGUGCACCAGCAUUACACCCUCCAGCGGCCUGGGCACCAGAGGCGGCUGCACCAGCUGCCCCCCUCCGCCGCCCCCCAAACCCACCCCCCUUCCCCUCCACGGACGCCAGCCCACCUCGCCCCUCCCCCUCUACAGCCCAGCCCCCCAGCCCUCCCACACCUACCCCCAGCACCUGCCCCAGGGGGGUGGGGGGCAGCACACCCUCCACCGCCAGCCCCCCAAGCACUUUGUCUUCAGCCACCACCCCCAGCUGGCGCAGCGCGUCGGGGGCGCCCCCCCGCCAGCCACCCACCACGGCCCCGCCCACCACCACCACGGCCCCGCCCCCCACUCGCCCAUCCCCCCCCACCCCUCCUACCCGCCCCUGCCCCCGCCGUCGCCCCACACCCCGCUCAGCCCGCACUCCCCCGGAGCCCCCACCUCCCCGCUCCCCCAGCAUGCCCCCCUGCACCCGGGAGGGCCCCAGGUUCUGCCGGGACAGGGCAACCCCAACCCAAAAUCCAAGCCGGUCAAUAGAAUUAGCACCGUGGUCUGAGCCGUGCCGGGGGAGUGGGGAGCAAAGGGUCACUACAGAUACGGAAAUCCAGACCGAGGGGAGCCCGGAUCCCUGCCAGUCACUCCCCCCAACUUCCGAGGCCCGGCGAGGGAGGAGAGAACAAAUCACGGCAGAGAACGGCCCCAGCUCGUGACAGCGAUGGACGGAAGAAUCCCGGAAGAUUGGGGGGGGGCGGGGACUGUGUCUGGAGGGGCCCGGCCUUUUAACCAGGGGGGGAAGGCCGGGGCAGCGGACGCCCUAUCCCUGCCCUGUUCCCCCUCCCCACCGGGCUGCCGCCCCCCCCUCCUUGGACCGCCUCAGGCUCCCGCUGCGGGGGGUGGGGGGGAUCCCCUUUUCAUUUGCACAUGGCUUGUGAGUUGCUGCUGCUUGGCCUGUUAUUUUUGGGGGGGGGAAUCCCUGGGAUAUUGGGGGGCCAGAUCUGGGGGGGCAUCCCCCCCAUUCUCACCCGUGUCUGUAAUAAGGGCUACUCCCGGCGGGAGCUGUUUUCCCUCCCCCAAACUCCUGCGAUUUGCACUGACAGAGAACCCCUCCCUCCCUCCCCCACUAGGCCUCCCCAAAGCCGCCCCACUCCCUGGUGCCGAAAGGGAAACCCCGUGAAACUCCAAUAGCCCCCCGCUUCUCUGGGAAUAACUCACGGGCCCCAGGGCUGUUUGUUUUGGGGGGGAGCCCUGUAUGGAAACAGUCCCUGCGCGGCGUUAUGUGCGGCUGUUCCCCAGCUGCCCCGCCCCAGAGGUGGCUGCAUCUCUGCCCCAAGUGAAUCUUGUGCACUUUAUUCCCCCCU